UUCCCACCGGCAGGAGGCAGUAGAGGCAAAGAUAGCGGGGGAGGGGAGGGACGCCAUUGCGUUGCUAUGAGGUGACUCCCGCCCUUUAUGCUCUCCUCCCUUCCAUGGAAUGACUGAGUUGACUGACUGGCUGGCUCUUUGGUCGCAGCGGCGGCUUCUUUGCCGGUGACUGAGGCGGCGUUGUUCGGGAGCUCACGCGCUCGGUUGCCUGAGGGCGGCGGCGGCGGCGGCGGAGGGGAGGAGGAGGAGGAGUUGUUGUUUAGGGGAAGAUGAAGGCGGCGGGCAAGGAGAAAUCUUGGCGGCUGAGCUGAGGUGCGCCGCAAGCCGAGCAGAGCGGAGGAGGACGAGGGCAGCCCCCCACACAGGCUUUUUCUCUCUCUCCCCUGCCGAAGGCAUGGCUCAGGCAGGGGCGGCGGGAGGCGACGACGAGCCCUUGCCGGGCACUUCCAUCGGCCGCGGAGGGGAUGGAGGAGGAUGCGGCGGAGGAGGAGAAGGAGGCCCGCCGCUGGGGAUGCAGGACGCCCUAUCGCUGGACGAGAUCCUGAAGCUCUACAACCAGCCCAUCAACGAGGAGCAGGCUUGGGCCGUUUGCUACCAGUGCUGUGGGUCUCUCCGCCACCGAAGCCGCCGCGGGGAGUCUCCGGCCCGAAGGGUGGAGAGCCCCGCCGACAUCCGUAUCUGGAAGGACGGAGCCGUCACCCUGCACGGCCACGACGGCGCUCCGGGCCCGCCGGGAGCAGGUAAAUCAGAACAUCCCCACUGUCCAGAAACAGAGGUAAUUGAAUCAUUGGGAAUUAUUAUUUAUAAAGCACUAGACUAUGGUUUGAAAGAAAAUGAAGAGAGAGAGCUCAGCCCUCCUUUGGAACAGCUCAUCGAUCAUAUGACCAAUGUGACAGAAGCAGAUGGAGGCAAAGAUGAAGGCUAUGAAGCUCUGGAUGAUGGUGUAGAUGAUGAAACUGAUGAAAAAGAAGUUGAAGUGAUACAGUCUUAUCGAGAUGUCAUGAAG